AUGAGAAAAUUUAGUGCAGUAAAAGAAAAAAAAUACAGCUACUUAAUUGAAACCGAUGAAUUGUACAACCUUAUAAAAAACAAAAAAGAGUAUUUGCUCUUCGACACCAGUUGGUAUAAUAUAAAAGUACAUAAAAGUGAAAAUUUAUUUAAUGGCGGUGAUCAGGAGGAAAAAAUAGAAGGAAGCAUCAACUUUGACUCAGUAGUUACAUCUAAUGAAAAUUCGAUUUUUUCUUUUUUUUUUCCAACACAGUCCGAAUUUUUUACGUACUUAAAGGAAUUAUUGACAAGAAAUGAAACGAAUAUAAGAAAAACUUCUCUAGAAAAUAUACCAAUUAUUUUUUAUGAAAAAGAUGAUAUAUUUUAUGCUCCUAGAAUUUGGUUCAUGUUUAAAAUUUACGGUUUCAAAAAUGUAAAAAUUUUAAAUGGCGGUUUAAAUAAGUGGUUAAAUGAGGAAAAAGAUACAAUAACAUCUGUAGAAAAAGAAAGUAAUAUUCAUAUAAUAGAUAAGGAGAAAAGUAAAAAUGUAGAUAAAAUAAUUGAAGAACAUUUAAAUAAAAAUGAGGAUGAAAUAAAUAAUAAUUUGAAAACAAGCAUAUACUAUUAUUUAGAUAUAGAAAAGCUUAUUAUAUCAAAAGAAAAGCUACAAAUAACAAACUAUUUACUAGUUGACACUAGACCUAACAAAUUCUUUAGUGCAUUAUUAUCAAUAAAUGAAAAGGAGAAAAAAAUUAAUAAUCAUAUUCCUUUUUCAAUAAAUAUACCAUAUCAUUAUUUUUUAAAUCAACAUUAUGAAACAUAUAAAUAUGUAACAUUUAAAAACGAAUUAGAGAUAAAGAACAUACUUGAUAAAUACGGUCUACUAAAUGAAGAAAAUGUAGUUAUACUAACAUGCAACAAGGGCAUUAGUGCUUGCGUGCUGUUAUAUCUUUUGCAUCUACUAAAUAAACCACUGUCUAAAUUAAUAUUCAACCAGGGCAGUUUCGUCGAAUACGCACACUAUAAAUACAACAUUAGGUAG